UUCACCGGACAUUUUUAGGAUGGUCGUGGCUCUGGCCGAGAAGGGCGAUCGGCCGACCAUCAGCAUCUACGACCUGGACACGUUAAAGUACAGGCAUACUCUGACUUCGCCAGAAGAAGACCGAGCCAAGGCUUUCGUCAGCAUAGACUUUUCUAGCGAUGAUAUAUUCUUGGCCGCAGUCACCGAUGGACCGGAUUUCAUGAUGUACUAUUACAGCUGGGAGAACGCGAUGAUUGAAAGUUCGACACAAGCCAUUGACCCGCCGAAUAACAAAGGGCCAGUAGUCGCCAUGGCACUGAACCCUUCGGACAAUACAAUAAUAUGUUUUGUCGGUAACGGCUUGUUUCGGUUGAUGACCAUUAGCGAAUCAGUCUGGAGGCAGUAUGGCUUUCAGAAUUCAAAAAACAUACAUUUUACCAGCGUAUGCUGGAUGAACGGCGACAGGAUUUUAGCCGGCACUCAAGACGGUCGGGUGUUCUACGUGGAAAACGGUGACUUGCGAGCAGUGUACGCCGCGAUCAACAUGGACUAUAUAGAUGUUAAGUCCAAAAUGGAAAAUCCCCUGGCAGUCGUAGCACCGCCUUUAGAUAACCACCGGUUGAGUGAUAUCCGGUGUUGCGUGGCGUUCAGCACUGGACUGAUGUUUGUCUUGGGCGAAGAGAAGAUGUUCUUCUUUCAAAAAUCCAGCGACGAUAAGAUGUAUUUGAAACGAGCCGUGUUCACCAUUGAAAAAGAGGGGGGUAUUUUAGAUGAAAAUAUUUCUUUACAAACCGUCGAUAGCAUAUGCGUAUCGCCAAACGAAAAGAAGAUGGUGUGCGCUACCAGAAUGUUACAGCUGUAUUGGGUAUCGAUUACAUUAACACCGGAUAUACCAAUGGGUUCGGCGGUCAGCAUGAGACCGCUAAGCGAGGAGCUACAUUACGGCGGCGUGGCCAGCUUAUCUACUUGUCAGUGGAAAUCGAUAUUCAUGACUUGUGGCAAAAUAGACGGUGCUAUCAAGGUGUGGGACUACUCGGAUUGUACGUUGCUUCUUACCCAGCAUUACCAAGAGAACGUGUUUAGCGUGUCCCUGCACCCGACUGGUCUGUAUUCGUUGGCGACAUUUAUCAGCAAAGUUGAAUUCCAGCUGGUUCAAAUGGAAGGCUUGAAGGAGUGGAAAAAAUUCGCUAUCAUGGACUGCAACUUGACGGCUUUUAGCAAUUCCGGUCAUAUGUUUGCGUUGGCGAAUCAUCACAAAGUGGACGUGUUCUGCGGUGUGCUCUUCGAACACAGGUUUACGCUCAGAGGACAUUCGGGAAUAAUUUCAGCAAUGCAGUGGUCCCGCAACGAUACGAAACUGAUAACCUGUGGCUUAGAUGGCGCCAUAUACGAGUUCAACAUGAGGACCGGCGAACGGGAAAUGGAUAUUGUGCACCCCGAGAUCGUAUACGUGGAUUUAGCUGUGUCAAAAGACACCAGCCGUAUCUUCCCAAUCGCCCAGGACGGUCGAUUCAGAGAAAUCUUCAACCAAACGAUGUCCAUGACGAUGAACGAUUUGUAUCUGAUAACUUGUUCAAUAGACGGCAGCAUAUGCAUCUGGGAGUUGAAAAACGCCGAUGAUUUAAUGAUCAAGACGGACGAGGAAUUUGUGUAUUUGGACGACAUCCUGGUGACUAUGACGGACGUUGAAAGUAAAUUAGCCAUUAUCGAACAGCUGGAGAUACGCGUUGGAGAGUUGGAGCGGACGUAUAAAAUUGACCAGUUGAGAGAAGCUAACACACAUCUCGUCCAAGAAAUGAGAGACAAAAACGCGAAAAUAAUAGAUUCUAUGAAAAAAAUUCAGACAGUAUUGUAG